AACGGGUCCCCACGCCAGGCAAAGCGACUAUCCUUGCCAUGGGGAAGGCCUUCCCCAGCCAACUUGUCCCUCAAGAUUGCCUAGUUGAAGGUUUCAUUCGAGACACAAAAUGUGAAGAUUUGGCCAUUAAGGAGAAACUCGAACGUUUGUGUAAAACAACUACUGUGAAGACAAGAUACACAGUCAUGUCCAAAGAGAUAUUAGCCAAGUAUCCAGAACUAGCAACAGAAGGCUCCCCAACCAUCAACCAACGGCUUGAAAUAGCCAACCCUGCUGUUCUAGAGAUGGCAAUGGAAGCUAGCCUUACUUGCAUCAAAGAGUGGGGAAGGCCAGCUGCCGAUAUAACUCACAUAGUCUACGUUUCUUCAAGUGAAAUCCGGCUGCCAGGAGGUGAUCUCUACCUAGCCAGCCAACUGGGGCUGAGGAAUGAUGUUGGUCGCGUAAUGCUCUACUUCUUGGGCUGCUAUGGCGGUGUCACUGGCUUGAGAGUCGCCAAGGACAUAGCCGAAAACAACCCUGGCAGUCGGAUUCUCCUCACGACCUCUGAAACCACCAUACUUGGCUUCCGGCCCCCCAACAAGGCGCGACCUUAUGACCUUGUGGGGGCUGCACUUUUCGGCGAUGGAGCAGCUGCAGCCAUCAUUGGCACCGAUCCUCUACCUGGCGAAAACUCCCCUUUCAUGGAGCUAAACUAUGCCGUCCAGCAGUUCUUACCCGGGACACACAAUAUCAUCGAUGGCCGGCUCUCAGAAGAAGGCAUAAACUUCAAACUCGGCAGGGAUCUCCCCCAAAAAAUUGAGGAAAACAUUGAGAAAUUCUGCAAGAGGCUGAUGGCCAAGGCUGCUGGUUUGAGUGACUUCAAUGACUUGUUUUGGGCCGUUCAUCCCGGGGGCCCUGCGAUACUGAACCGGCUAGAGAGCACCCUGAAGCUGAGAAGCGAGAAGCUUGAAUGCAGCAGAAGGGCCUUGAUGGAUUUUGGGAAUGUGAGCAGCAACACCAUCUUCUAUGUGAUGGAGUAUAUGAGGGAGGAGCUAAAGAGAACUGGUGAAGAGUGGGGGCUUGCUUUAGCAUUUGGGCCUGGGAUUACUUUUGAAGGGAUUCUCAUCCGCAGCCUGUAAUAGCUUGGGAUUGUUUGGUUUAAUCUUUGUUGAGGAAGCAAUAUUUGAAGUUAAUUAGCAAGCAGUGAGCUAUAUGAGA